AUGGAAUUAAACAUCGGCACUGAUAGACCUGUCACGAAUGUUGGGACUACACUUACUCCUCAUACAAUACAACAGCCUCACGAUUUUUUCCAAGCUGCGGCGACAGGAUGCCUAGGCAUUGUCAAACAACAUUUGAUAAGAAAUGCAAGUAUUGUCCAGUGCGUUGAUUCGAGAGGUAACAAUGCUUUGAUUUUAGCCUCUACCAAUGGACAUAAUGAUGUUGUUGAGCUGCUUCUAGAGUACAAGACUGACAUUCAUAGUAAAAACACCAACGGUUGGAACUCACUGAUGAAGGCAGCUUCAAGUGGUCACAUAACCACAGUGCAGUUACUUUUAAAGCACUCAGCGAAUCAGUUCGAUGUAAACACGCUAGGCAACAAUGCUCUUAUGAUAGCCGCAAUUUUUGGAAAAAUUGACAUCGCUGAAAUCCUUCUAGAAAACAACGCAGAUGUUAAAAUAAAAAAUAAGCACGGGCGGACCGCGUUAUUUUUAGCUUCUCUGAAUGGACAUAUGGCAGUUGUAGAUUUGUUGCUAAAAAACAACGCAGACAUCAACGACACUGAUAUUUAUAAAUGGAAUUCUUUAAUGGCGGCAUCAUCUAAAGGUCACACCCAUGUUGUGUCGCUACUAUUGAGCCACAACGCUAGUACAAAAGAAGUUAACAGCGAAGGACUGAACGCUUUUUUGAUAGCAGUAGCCAACGGAAGGAUCGAAACAGCCAAUCAGCUUUUAAAACAGCCGGACGCCAUCACUGUAACCGACGCGUAUGGUCAAAAUGCAUUGCACAUUGCUUCAUACAAAGGAAGAAUAGGAAUACUCGAUUUGCUGAUAAAUAAUAAAAUAGAUGUAAAUAGUAAAACUAAAAAUGGAUGUGACGCUUUAAUGUUGGCCGCUGCUGAAUGA